CAGGCUGGCCUCAAACUCAGAAAUCCGCCUGCCUCUGCCUCCCAAGGCUGGGAUUAAAGGCCGCCACUGCCAGAGAGAUCCUGUAUUUAAAUAAGUCUGGAAAGUGAUAAAUAAAACUAAGUCUAGAAGGUGAGAAUCCUAACUCAAGACAGUAUAAGAGGUUAUCGUGAUUAACUUUCGUUGAGGUUAGAGGUGCCUGCUCUACAAAUUAGAAGUGAGCCAGCUUCUUUGUGAGUGUAGCUUCACCCCAGACUUUGGUACUCAAGCAGCAGUGCAGUGAACAGUGGCUGCUCUGUUCAUGGGCCAGUGCGACUGGUAUGUACUCAGUCCAUUUGCUGUUAUUGGCAGCCUCUUGAUAACAGGGGUUAGAUUUUACUGUUAUCUGGUUGCUGGAGAUUGUGCUCAGGGGCCUCCAGCAAGUUGCUUCUUUGUUUUUGACUUGUUUUGAGACUGGGUUUCUUUGUGUAGCCUUGGCUGUUCUGGAACUCACUUUGUAGAGGAAGCUGGCCUCAACUCAGAGAUCAGCCUGCCUCUGAAGUCACAGGUUGAAUUUCAAGAGCAAAGAUAAAAAACUGAAUUCCUGCCAGGUGUGGUGGUGCACAUCUGUAAUCCCAGGACUUGGGAAGCAUACUGGGCUAUGUACAGAGUCCCAGUCUUAGAAAACCAGACAGGCCGGGCACUGUGACACACACCUUUAAUCCCAGCACUUGGGAGGCAGAAGCAUCCUAGUCUACAUAGUAAAUUCUAGGCCAGCCAAGGUUAUGUAACAACACCUGUUACACACACACACACACACACACACACACACACACACACACACGUGGAGAGAGGGAGAGAAACCAAGAAGAUCCAUAACAAAAGCAGUCAGCUGUUUUAACUAUAAUGCAUGACAAGCUCUAUGGGAAAAUCAUGAGACAAAAGCUUACAGAAAGAUUCGCCCAGCCCAAGUCUGGAGAUGUUGUAUUUUAGAACAUCACAUAGAAACCUGAUUUAGAAGGUCUCCCUUUGCAGUAGAGCACCUGCCUAGCAUACACAAGGCUCUUUAUUUGGGUUUGAUUCCCAAGAGAGAAAAUUUAAAAUGCCACUUAUCCACAAACCUAAAAUCUAAGUUGGUUCCAAUAAAGUGCUUCCCCAUUGAGCAAAGAUGUGGAUACAUGGUUAUGUCUCCAAAUAUGUGAGGGGCUUUUAGAUAUGGACUGAGAGAUGUUCUGAGACUCCAUUGAACAAGCUAGGACCUCUGGUAGAGGCCAUCAAGAAGCUGAAGCCCGCUCAGCACUGUCUCUGGAGACGGUAAGUUCCCCAGAACUGGAGUGGGAGGAAAGCAAAGGGAAUCACAUUUGACAUUUCGAAAACACCAGGUCUGUGCUUUCCUACAAAAUGCAUCCCAAAUGUUUCUCCGAGCAAGUAAUUCAUUUUACUGUUCCCAUAUGUGAGGAAAAGAAUGUGAGUAGCUUGCUUUGCUCAUGGGGUAGAACCCCCGACAUGGUCCUUCUUCUGUUUAGGCUAGAGACAUGGUACACUGACAUCUGUAAGUGAGAUUAGGACUCAGGGUUUGAAGGACCCUUCCCUGACCUGGAGUGAUUGUCUUUCCCUAAAGCAGGGCCCUAGUCGCCAGAUCCAGUAGUACAUUAGAACCAGAACCAGGCAGAGGCCCUGCUGACCAGAGGGAACUGGAACAAUGUAACAAUCCUAGGCACCAAAGAACCCUCCUGAAGUCCUCCUAGACAAAAUGCUUGGAAAGGGAAAUGGCUGGACGUGGCAGUGAAGAGUAGUGGCCACAAGGUGGCAGCAGAGUUUCAGCUGUGGAGGCCCAUUCCCCAGUUCUCUUGCAAAGAUGGGCCUGUCCACAAAAUUUACAAGCCACUCAGUAAGGCUCCAAAAAGGGUCUCCUAUCUCUCACUAUCUCCUAUCUACAGGUAAAUCUUAAGAGUAGUGAGCCCACAUUUAACCUCACUAGAAGCAAUAGGGAUUGAAAUUGGCUGUGGUCCUGACCACCUAGGGACCAAGCUGGGUCAUCCUAGCCUGCUCUUAACCAUAGUUCCUUCCUAUCCAGGAGAUAAUGCCCAAUCCUGACAGGAGUUUCUCCAGUCAGGAACAAGAAGUGAUCAAUUGAAGCUUCCCCAACCUGUUGAAGGAUUAGAGGUUCUUGUAAGGUUCCCCCAGGGCCUAGCUCUGACAAACUGUCUGCAAUUAAUGAUGCUUCCUGAGCUCUGGAGACAAGAUUUAUGCAUCUAAUAAAGUCUAUAACUCCAGGCUUAGGCUGGAGGUAGGAAGCUGAGAGCAGAAAGUCCCCAGGGGGAAUAUGGGAGGGGGUCCCAGGUGGCUUUUAAUAGAGCCAUGCAUUUCCACUGCCAGUCGAUUUCCCCCCAGGCUGCUGAUGAGGUGGGGGUAGGGGACAUCAGGUAUAAGAAGACCGUGGGCCACUGAGGAGGCAGAUGGCAGCAUGGAUUCCAAGUGGGCUGCUGUGCUGCUGCUAUUGCUGCUGCUGCUGAACUGGGGCCACACUGAAGAGGCAGGGAGCUGGGGUGAAGAGCACGUCUUUGCAGAAGAAGAUAAGGGACUCCACCCACCACAGUAUGCCCACACUCCAGACAGGAUCCAGAUUCCUGGGUCCCUCUUGCGUGUUCUGCUCCAGGCCAUGGAGAGACCUAGAAGGAAUCCAGCCUUCCUGUUUCAGCCCCAGAGGUUUGGCAGGAAUGCUUGGGGGUCCCGGAGCAAGGAGCAGCUAAGUCCCCAGGCUAGAGAGUUCUGGAGCCUGGCUGCUCCUCAGCGCUUUGGAAAGAAGUAACAUCAUCUGCUGUGAUGUCUGCAUGUAAAAUUACUUCCCCAUGUACCAUGUGUGCCCCUAAAUAAAAUGGUCUGGCUUCUGAA